CACGCGUUCACGCAUGCGCGUACGCGAUACCGGGGGCACCAAAUCGCGUCACGAGCACCAGUUGCAUUCGCCACCCUUGCCUCUACCACUACUACCACCUUUUCUCCACCUCCGCCACCGUCCGUCGAACCACCACCACCGCUUGCCGUCACCUUCGUCGCCGCCGUCGUCGUCGCCGCCACCACCAUUGCUACUGCUACCACCACCACCGUCACCAUCGCCACCACCACCGCCGUUGCUGGUUCUCCAUCGGUACUUUCCAGCGUAUCUACUCCCCCGAUACCAUUCGCCUCCCCCGCGACUCCUACUGCUCUUCGCUAUUUCGCGCGUUCUCUUCUUCCCGCGUUGUUGCUCUUUCACAUUCGUCCUCGCAGUCGCCCCGACGAAAAGAGACCGACGACGCGUCGUCACCACCGAGAAACGUUCCUCGUCCUCGACGAUCGGCAUCCAUGCGCGUUUCUAAUUCGUCGUCUUCGCUGUGCUUCCCUCGAGAUCGUUUCGAUUUCAAAGCCACCCUCCGAUUCUCGAAGAUCGUUCGGCCCGAGCCUCGACUCCUCUCCUCCUUCGACUCCACCUCCACCGCCACCUCCGUCUCCUCCCCCUGCUCUUUGUCCUCCCUCUUCCAACUCGCCGCGUUCUCCACCUCUUCCUCUUCCUCGUUUCGCGUAUCGCGACCAAGAGUGUCCGGUUGUCAUGCGUCGACGGUGCUCGCGAUAAGGCGCGACCGUAUCGGAGUUGUCGCCGAUUCGCCGCGAUCGACCUGUCUCUCGAUCGUUUCGUGUCUUUUCGUCCCGGCGAGUUGCGCGGUCAGUGAUUUUCGAGACUAUAAGUGCGACGAUCCAGACGUUAAUAUAAAUUGUUUAUCGUCCUUUGUUCGUCGACUUUUACGUUGUGCGAAGUCGUACAUUGUUCGGUUAGCCGUGUGUUCCUUGGGAUACUCGUACGUCCAAGUGUCGCUGACGAAAGGAUAGAAGAGCUUCGAACAGCGGAAACCUCGAAUCGCGAGCGAUCUCGACGACGGAGCAACACCGAGGAUUCGAUACGGAACGCUCGCCGUCGGCGAAGUCGUCGGAUCGCGGAUAACGUUCCAUGUCUGGCUGUCGUAGCGAAUCCUGCCGCUGUACCCUGGCGUCGCAUCGACAGCGGCAGGUCAACCGCGUCAUCUUUCUGCUCGAACGUUUCCCAAAAGCACGAGAAUCAACGCGAACAAGGAGGAUCGAUCUACCAAGCUGGUCCUGGAGAACAGGACAAAGCGCCGCGAGGGUUACCGCGAAGUAUAAGAAGCACCCGGAAUGAAGCCGCGAGUUUCUUAAUUACGCGAGAAGGAUCAGUUACGCCGGGAACAUGGAAUUCGGUUGGAGCAUGCGAAACGACGGCUGGUUGUCUUCGAUGUGCACGAAUAAAAUAGAGAUACAGCCAUCGUCUUCCGUUCGUGCGAGUUGAGAGAAGAAGAAAGAAGCAGGGUGCGAUGAUAUCCGCGUACGAGUACUAAGAAACCGUGUACGCGCGUGUCAUUCUCUUCGAAACGAGUGGAAGAUCGCGAAAGAUGGUCUCGGACUUGGUCGCCGGCAAAAGUCGUCCGUUUUGUUGGUUUGCCCUUCGAAUCGGCCGAACAGAAUCUCGCGGUAUCACGUCGCGCUAAAUAACGACGACGAACCGAAACCCGCCGCGGAGCAUGAUCCCCCAGGAAGAACGGCGAACGAGCGCAUUUAUUUCGUCCCACCUCAGGAUUUCGGAAUCGAGGAAUCGGAACGGACACCCAAAGAGCGAUCCCCGUGUCGUAGCAUUCGAGAAUCGGUGACGAGAGUACAGGGAUCGCGAUCUUCGAAUUUCAACGAUUCAGCGAGAGUUCGUUUGCGUGACCUCGAUUUAGGAAGAAGGUUACGUAGAAUUGUCGCGGACGAAUGACUUACAGCGACGACGUAGUCAAAGACGUCCGGUCUGAGACAGGAUAAGUGCCGAUCCUCGAGGGGUCGACGCGAAAAGAAAGAAAGGACGAAAAGAGAGAAGAGGUCGAUAAUAGAAAAUCUAGGGGGGAGGAAGGGUGCAUCGGCGUUGCCGAUCGGCGAAAUCGGUCGUCCCGUAUUUCGAGUGACAGGUACACGAAGGGGGUGUCGGUCGCAGAUUGGAUGGUUCCGCGGGGGUUAACCCUUGGGAGGUCGAUUUGGGAGCAGCCAGAGCCGGAGCAGCAACGUUUCUACGACUCUCCGCCACCACGGAUGGACGUGAGCGUGUGCUGCUUGCCCGCCAGUGCCGGCUCGGGGGCCCAGCACCCUCAUCCAGUAAGUUUGCCUUCCGGCGGACAGCCGACGAUUCAGCCACCCUAUCAGUAUGCCGAUCAGAUAGUGCCGGAUCGGGGUCAGCCCGACGGAUUGCCGGUACUUGGUUGCACGGGCCAGGACAACUGGCAGCAGAUCUCAUCCGCGUCCAGCGUCGCCGGGGCUGUCACCGCCACUACCACCACCUACAUCGAUUACUCUUGGCUGCAGAUGCAGCAGACGUCGGACCUGGAUACGCUGCUGUGUAGACAGGACCUCGACCGGCUGCAGAAACUCGACGAAGAUGACCCGGAGAAAGACACGAGGGAGUCCUCGAUGCAGAUGGAGGAUUUCUUCGAAGUCGGGGGGCCGGUGUGUCGGCCGCAGGCGAGUUUCGUUUCGGCGAGAAGUCAACCAGCUGGCAACGACGACGACGUGUUCCUCAGGCCUCCGCUCUGGGAGGACAUCACCUCGAGUAUUCAGAAGCUGGACCCCGAGAACGCGGACAUGCUGGGCUCGCAGUCGCACGUCAAGAUGGAAACCGACGACGUCGCGUCGCCGGUGCUCUCGCCAGUCGAGAUCAAAACCGAGCCGCUGCCACCGCCUCCGACAUUGCACCUUCUCGAGGCACCCGCCUCCAACCCCGUGCAGACGUUCUCGAACGGCCACCAGAACCCGCCGACCGUUCCUCAAGUCGUUCAUCAUCGAACCACCACGCCCGCCUUCAAAACCUUCCCUUCGAACAACAACAACAACAACAACAAUAUAAAUAACAACAACAACAACAACAAUAGUACCAAUAAUAACAAUAACAACAGUAGUAAUAAUAACAACAACGACACGACGUCGAAUCACCACGGUGGCGGGAACCAGGUCGGUGGCAGCGCGACGUCGCCCCUCUACGGCUCGAUGACCAGGUUGAUGUACAUUUCCCCGCUGACGCCGCCGAUUUCCGACCCUGGCUCGCCGAUCGGGGCCCCACCGAGGCGGACGCCGCCUCCCCCUUAUCCCCAGCCCUCCAUCAUGAAUCCUGCUCACAGGAUGCAGCAUCCAUCCAUCAACACCAAAUUCAACAGGCGAAACAACCCAGAGCUCGAGAAGCGACGCGUCCACCAUUGUGAUUUCAUAGGUUGUACAAAGGUCUACACAAAGAGUUCUCACCUGAAGGCGCACCAGCGGAUACACACAGGUGAAAAACCGUACCAGUGCCAGUGGCCAGAAUGCGAAUGGCGGUUCGCCAGAAGCGACGAGUUGACUCGUCACUAUCGAAAGCACACCGGGGCGAAGCCUUUCAAGUGCGCCGUGUGCGAGCGUUCGUUCGCCAGAAGCGACCACCUCGCCCUGCACAUGAAGCGGCAUCUCCCGAAGCAGCACGCCAAGUGACCGCGUAACCACGCGUCCAAGUCUCCGGCGUCGAGCGUCUCCUCGACCGCGUCGAACUCACCGAGCGUUUUCGCGCGCGACACGGCCCGAGAGGAGAUCCGACCGUUCAGCGUCGUUUUCUAAAACUCGGCCUCGAGUUUCCGGACGAGCACCGCGCUGAUUUCGAACACGUCCCGCACGUUCGUUUCUCGGCCCUCGGAUAUCGUUCGACGACGUACGAAUGUUGUUUCGCAGCUUGUUCUCGCAAAAAGGAGAAUCGCCGAAUAAAAAACCGGCGCCACUGCCAAACGAUCCCGUCGUUAACCUUAACGAACCGAGAGAUCGUCGAUGAAUCUUCGUAGUCUCGAUUGCUACAUUCGCACGGAGAUGGGCGAAAUUCCUAUCCGGACACAAAUCUCGAAUAAAGCGAUAAACAGCUUUCGACGCGUUGUUUGUCCGAUCGAAAUUAGAAAGUAUACGAUACGAUCAAACGUGCGGCAGCUUACGUCGAUAACCGUUGUGUUAGGUGGCUGUGUCGUUAUUACGCGUUUCGACCGUGAUGUUUCGCGAUGCGAUGGAGAUGGAGAUACUUUUAAAAACGUUCCAACGCUGUUACGAUAGAAUAUAGCAAAAGUUUGACAGAUUGUAACGUACAGGAAUACGUCAAAGGAAAAAGUAAUUGCUAUAUCAGAUAUUUAACGCUCUCGCUGCCGACGAAAAUAAGUAGCCGUUCGCUGGGAGCUGCAAUUAUGAUAAUUUUUUUUAAUGAAAAAUUUCUCACAAAUGUUCCAAUAUGAUUAUUAGACUGCGGAUCUUUGUUCAUUUAUAGGAAAUUUGAAUGUACAAGAAACUACAAAAUGGAAACGAUAUGCAAGAAUAUAAAAAAAAUCGAAAGCAAAGUUCGUGUUAUGAUAUUCGCAGAAUACAAUAAUUUCCUCUUUAGGUUCAAUUUUUGUAGGCACGUUCGCCAAGAUUUUAUUUUACGUAAAGAUCCGCAGUCCAAUGAUUAUUUUGAAAAACAUAUAUUUGUGGUAACUUAUUUUAUAUAGAAUACGAUUGCCGAACAAAAAGAAUUAAAUAUGUUUUCGAAAUUUAUUAUUUUUUAUGAUCAUUUCUGA